AGUGCCCGGAUGUUAUCUGUCCAGAGAAAGACGAACGGGAAAGACACGGGAGAGGCGGAGGGGAGCCACGGACAAACCGGCAGAGGGACAGCUAGUCUCCAACCUGCGAUACACAGCCCAGUCACUUUUUGACGAAGAGAGGGAAGCUUUUUUAAAAAGAUUUUCACCGAAAAGGAAGGGGCGGGGACAGUUAACUUUGACUAAUCUGGACUGCUUUGCUCAACAGGACACCCGCCUCAGAAAUCCCCGGUUUUGACCUGGAAUCUGCCGAGGCGCUUGGGCUCCAAUCUGAAGGAGCUUCUGCGCUCGCACCCAAUCUUUGCCCAGUCUCCAUCUGCGCCAUCCACCAUGACCUCGGAGCUGGAGAGCAGUUUAACCUCCAUGGACUGGCUGCCGCAGCUGACCAUGCGGGCCGCCAUCCAAAAGGCUGAUGCCCAGAGUGCCCACGGCCCAGGCAUGGCUAAGAAGAGUGCCCUGCUGGACCCCAACACUACGCUGGACCAGGAGGAGGUACAACAGCACAAAGAUGGAAAGCCACCGUACAGCUACGCCAGCCUCAUCACGUUUGCCAUCAACAGCUCGCCAAAGAAGAAGAUGACCCUGAGCGAAAUCUACCAGUGGAUCUGUGAUAAUUUCCCCUACUACAGGGAGGCCGGCAGCGGCUGGAAGAAUUCUAUACGGCACAAUCUUUCAUUGAACAAGUGUUUUCUCAAAGUGCCUCGGUCCAAAGAUGACCCAGGAAAGGGUUCGUACUGGGCGAUCGAUACAAAUCCAAAGGAGGACACAUUGCCCACCCGGCCCAAGAAGAGGCCACGGUCUGGAGAACGGGCUUCCACACCCUACAGUCUGGAGUCUGAUUCCCUGGGAAUGGACUGCAUCAUCUCUGGAAGUGCCUCUCCAACAUUGGCAAUCAACACUGUGACUAACAAGGUGGCGUUAUACAACCCAGACCAAGAUGGGAGUGAUAGCCCUAGAAGCAGCCUUAACAACAGCCUGUCUGACCAGAGCCUGGCCUCAGUCAAUCUGAACAGUGUGGGAAGUGUGCACAGCUAUACUCCGGUAACAAGUCACCCAGAGCCGGUGUCCCAGUCUAUGAGCCUGCAGCAGGCCCCCCAGCCCCAGUACAGCAUCCCUGAGCGAGACAAGCAACUCCUCUUCUCUGACUUUGAAGAUCUCAGUGCCUCGUUCCGCAGCCUUUACAAGUCUGUAUUUGAGCAGUCUUUCAGCCAACAGGGUCUGAUGGGGAUGCCAUCGGAGUCUUCCCAGCAGAGCCACACCUCUUGCUCCUACCAGCACUCCCCGAGCAGCGCCAUCAGCACCCACCCACACACCAGUCAGAACAGCAUCACCAACUCGCACCCCAACAGCAUCCCUAACAGCGGUGCACAAGUGCCCCUGUCACACCCGUCUCACUCUGCCCACAGCUCUCCCCACACACAGCACCUCUCUCAGCAUGGACCACACACCCAUGCCCAACAUGGCCAGCACCCGCACUCAGCACACGCCCAACACCAGGCUCACUCUCAACACACCCAGCACUCCCAACAUACUCAACACUCACAGCACUCACAGCAGCCCCAACAGCACCAGAAUCUCUCUCACCAGCCCCAUCCAGCCCAGCAACAGAUGCCCUGCAGCACUGGUCUGCCCAGUGACUGGUAUCCCAACCUGGAUGCAUUGAAGGAAAGUUGUCGCAUUGCCAGCAGCUACAACUGGGCGGAUGUUGACCUCUCACCCUUUCAAGGAUUGAGAGAGAGCAUGAGGCAGGCCGAGCUGAAUAACUGGUCUCUGGAGCCGACUCAGAUUGUGGACCUCUGUUCCUCCAUCAACCAGUUCUUUGCCCGCACUGGAGUCAUUCAGCCACAAGGGGCAGUGCAGCCAUCAGUGUGCCAUGGCGCCAUGCAUCCCACCAAGCCCAGCCAGCACAUCAAUACAGGAAAUAUGUACAUGGACUCAAGACAGAGCAUGACCUCCAUGAUGGGUCCUCCAGGUUAUCCUCACAUGCCCCCCAUGAACAACACGGGCAACACCAUGACAGGCCAUCAUGCACAGAUGAAUCAGCAGCAUAUGAUGCCCACUGGAAACUUCCCCAUGCGCCGCAUGCCUGCUGACGAUAUCCAGGACGACUUUGACUGGGACUCCAUUGUCUAACCCCGUCCCUAUAUGAGAAAGGUGGUGCAGACAAAAUAAGAGAGUCGCUUGGAAGAAGAAAAGAGUGUGUAUGUGUGAGAGAGAGAGAGGGCUAGUCCCAAGAUAUCUGCAUGCCCCAAGGCGGGAAGCAGUUUGGAACAGGGCGCUUCAAAAAAGUGCAGGUGUCGUUAAUAUGAGCUGAAAGAGACUCUUGUUGUCCUGGUGUUUUAGGAAAUGAAAACAAAAACAAACAAAAAAGUUACUUUGAAGACAAUCACGUUUACUAGGAAAUGUUUAUGUGAUUGAUUUUGUACUUGUCCAAAGGACAAAGCUCAUGUUCAUGUUAAAUGUAAAGCCCCUUUUUCCAUCCCUUUCUCUGUGGCACCAGAAACUCUCUUCAGUCUCCUAACUCCCUUUCUGCAAGUCAACUAUUAGGCCAAGCUCUUCCCUGCCCUUAAACUUUGUGUGAUAUAUUUUGGGUCUCCCCACCCCCACUCCCGCUGCAGGCCUAAGCAGCCUCUUAGCUCUCAUUCGUGAUAGGAUAUCCCCUCUGAAAAUGCAGUCCACUUUUCAGACAGGAAAAGUUCUCAGCUCACUCUGUCUGCACAGCGCCACAGGUUCUCUAGGUCUCUAUGAACUCUGGUGCACAUAUCACCUGAGCCUUUACUGUAACUUGUACAAACAUCGCCAAGCAUCCAAAUCAGAUCUCUAUGCUAGCGAAUGAUUAUCUGUUGUCUUUUUAAUGAUCGGUGUGUCUCAUAAGAUGUAUUUAAAGUUUAACUCCAUUACCUGCAGUAUUUGUACUUGUGUAUCUUUGUUGUCUGUGAUGCAUCAUACUCCUGUCACUGAUAUUUUCUGACAGUGUGAAAUGGUGCAUCUGGAACUGACAAUGAUUCAGACCUCACUUUUUUAUUAAUCUCCUGUUUAUUUCUGUUUCACCAUCAUGUUCAUAUCUGCAUGUACAGUUGGUUUUCUUUGUUGGAUUCUUGCCAAUUCCUGUUGAGACUGUGCAGCGCUGGCUGGUCUUGUUUAAGGCCUAUUCCAGAUUUCAUGUAUUGUUUAGGAGAAAUGAUUGCUCUGAGAAAAAUGGCAGAGAUGCUUUAAAAGGCUGCAAAUAAAGCAGAGAGGGCCUGCUGCAUAGCUCAGCAACACAAAAGGGAUGGAAGUCAUAACAUUUGCUUCAUAAAGCCUGCUAGUCUUCUAGGUUUUAUACCCUCGGACAGUUAACUACUUGCUGUUUUGAUGCCCCAACAAGGACUUGUGUGAAGAGUACUGGUAAUUGGUUUUGGAGCAAGAAUGUUGGGAGAUAUGGUGUGAUGUUGAGGAAGACCUUGUUGAAAAGGACUUUGAUUUCCAUACCAUGUCUGCCAUAUAUGAGGAAGCCAUUUAUGACCCUGACAUAAGUCACUGAUGAAUUUUCACUAACUAUAUAGGUAGAAGUCAAAAAUAGCAAAUAUAUCAAAAGACUACACCCCUAACCAUUCUAGUUUAAGGUUUUCCAGUUUUGCCAUGAGCAGUUAGCAGGUUAAUUGUGAGUACAGUUAAUUAGGGCUAUAGAUUAUGAUCAGUUAUUUCUACCAGUGAGCACAAAGUUGAUGGGCAAAGGUCGGGGGGGGGGGAGUAAAACAGAUCUAGAAGCACAUUUGGGUUGUCAAUAUAAACUUCAGAACACCAAGCAGUUUGCUUAAAUCAGUGUCUUCUGAGCAGCCAUGAAAAGAGUGAUUUGUAGAAGAAGCAUGACGCUUUGAAAGUUUGUGAACCCUUUAGAAUUUUCUGUAUUUCUGCAUAAGUAUGACCUAAACCAGUGGUUUUCAAGGUGGGGG